UUGCCCUAGGUUUUGGUGGAAUAGACAAGCUAACUCCAUUGUUACAGGACUGAAACACGGGAAAACACGGAAAAGUUGAUUCUUUGGAAUUAAUUGAAACGUGAACAUUAAAAUGGUUAUGGCUGAUCACAAAAACGCGGCAGAUAUAAGAAAUGGAAGGCGAUCAAGAGGUGCCAGUCCAAACGAAUUUUCAGACGACAGUAGCGGAGAAGAUUCGGAUCACGAUAAUGGAAUGCGAGUAGGAGAUGAUUUCCAAGCUAAAGUUCCAGUUUAUAACCCAGACAUUAAACCUGAAGGUAGAAAUGAUGCCAUUCUAGUGUGGGCACCAGCUUGGGAUCUUCCUGAUGCUAAAGUUGAUGAAUAUGUGGUGAUUGCUAAAGAAAAGCAUGGAUACAACACAGAACAGGCUUUGGGCAUGUUGUUUUGGCAUAAACAUAACGUUGAUAAGGCAUUAUCAGACCUAGCAAACUUCACACCAUUCCCAGAUGAGUGGACUGUGGAAGAUAAAGUUUUGUUUGAACAGGCAUUCAGUUUUCAUGGCAAAAGUUUUCACAGGAUCAGGCAAAUGCUUCCUGACAAAUCAAUAGCCAGUUUGGUUAAGUAUUACUACUCAUGGAAGAAAACCAGAUCAAGAACAAGUCUGAUGGAUCGACAAGCCAGAAAACUAACAAAGAAUGGUGACAGUGAAGAAGAUUCAGACAUAGAAAGUAAAAAAUCUGAUGCUGAUGAUGCUAACAAAGAAAAUGGGAAGCAGGAAAAAGACACUUGUUCCAACUGUGGUAUAUCUACCCCAACGUUAAACCCAACACCUAAAGGUUCUCUAUGUUCUUCAUGUUUCCAAUAUUGGAGAAGAACUGGUGUAAUGAGGAGUGCUGGACCAAACAGACAUGACCAUGGCCAACACAGACAUAACCCCAUGAAACACAAGAGGAAACCCCCUCGUGGAAUGUUUAUUAUUGCAGAAGAUCUGUCUCUAUUUACCUCAGGACCUCCAGCUCAAGCAGAUGCUGUUCUCAAAAAUGCAGAAGCUGAUCUAGUCUCCCUCAAAAGACAAGUUCAGAAUCAUAAACAAAUGAUAAGUAUGCAGAAACAUAAGAUGGGUUGUAUAGAUGAACUGAGACCACCAGAGGGCAAUCAAAGAAUAAAUGCUCGUUGGACAAAUGAAGAGCUUUUGUUGGCUGUUCAAGGAGUGAGGAAAUAUGGUAAGGAUUUUCAGGCAAUAGCAGAAGUGAUAGGAAACAAGACAGAGGCUCAUGUUAGAAGUUUCUUCAUCAAUUUCCGAAGACGAUAUAAUUUGGAUGAAGUAUUAGCUGAAUUUGAGGCUGAACAUGGAACAGAACAUACCAACGAUGAUGAUUUAGAUAAGGAAGAAGAAAAGAUGGAAGUUGAUAUAAAAGAACCAGAUAAUUCUACUCCUAGCUCUGGAACACCUCCACCAUUACUGAAGCAGGGAACCUCACCUAUCAAAGUUCCUAGUGUAUCACAACACAGAUUGAUACCAAACCAGCGAACUAUAUUACAGCAACCACCACCCCUUAUCAAACCAAAUUCGUCUUCACCAAAGCCAGCUAUUACAACACCUUCAUAGGAUUUACUAGAUGAUUAAAUGGAUUUGUUAUGUUAAGUGCUCAGUUGAGGCCUGCCACCAGAUAUUGUGUGAUGCCAGAUAAACUGUAAUUUGCAGAUAGCGCAAGAAAUGUAUUUCAGGCAUUAUUGUCUAAGGCUAUAGUUUUACCGUUGCCCAUAUUCAUGUUAUGUAGUAUUAAAGGGAUCGCAUCAGACAGCUGACACUUGAACCAUUUCAAAAUGGUUUCCUGGUUUUUAUAGUUCAUGGAAUUUCUCACGUAUCACAUCAUUGCAUCACUUAAUGCGAAUAAGUGGGAUGUUUUUGUUUGUACAUUUUAUUUCUGUUGUUACUUGUAAAGAUAUUUAUUUAUUUUGUUUUCUCAGAUUUUUGUAUAUUGAGAAUAAGUGUUUUUGAUGUUUGCACUUUUGUUUGAGGUGUAAGGUGCUUUAUUUUUAUAUGGUACUAUGUAACACAGGUCUCCACAUUGUGAACAUGUCCGUCUAUUAGAUAUUUAUGACUGUCUUUGAAGUAUGUAUUGUAUAUCUUACAGCUGAACUAUUAGAAGAUGUAUGUUGUGUAUAAAAUUAAAGUUUGCUUGUUUGUUAGGCUAACUUUGAACUCUUUGAUAAUUAUUGUAAAUAUUGAAACAAACUGAUUAGGUUUUUUCAGUAACAUUUUUGUUAACUCUCCAAUGAUAUGAUUGGCUAGUAAUGACUUGUUACUCUUUCAAUAGCCAUUAUACAUGUAGGUAGUAAAAAAAACGAAAGAAAUAUUGAUUUUAUAGUCAUCAACCAAACAAGCAUACAAUAUGUUGGUAACAUUUAAGUAUACAUGCUGUAAUUCAGUUUUUACUUGGCGGUACAUACAUAAUGUAAAAUAUUUUUGUAAGAACUGGAAUUUUUUAAAUUAUAUCAUCAAACGUCAUUCCCCGGUUACUUUUAUAUUUAUAUAAAUGAUAAAAUUAGUAAAAUGAGUCUCCACAUGUUGUAUGGAUCGUCUUGCAAUGUUAUUCGUGUUUUUUGUUCAGUGCAUUGUAAUCGUUUCCAUCAGCAUUAUCUAUGUGUGAAAGUUUCAUUUUUAUUCACUUAAACAGCAGCAUUCAUGGAUUUUAAAUAUUUCAUCCCAUCGAUAUAGGGUAUAUUGCAAUUUUUCAGAAAAUUAAAGUCAACAUCAUCCCCAUUGAUGUACUCAGGCUAUUUAUUGUUGUGUUCAUUAGGUUUGAGGUGCAGUUUGAUUCCUUUUAGAACUUUAAAUUAGAAGUAUAAGAAAAUUGCAAUUCUGGAGUGAUGGGCUAUCUUUCUGUGUCUGUCCCAGGUUCUAAGGAGGCAUGGAAAGUUUGAAAAAGGUGAAAAUGGUAAAACAACUACUGAUUGUGACUGAAUUCUCUAUUAGAAUGACUAUUUCUGGUUUAGGUCAAAAUUAAGCUAUUCCUUUUAUACCACCCUCCUUUACUAAUGCAUAUGAAUCUAGUACUGUGUAAUGUUAAACAGUUACAUCUUUUCUGUUGUUUUAUGUUAACAAUAUUUCAUAGACAACUGAUCAUCUUCAUUGUCAAACACAUUUUUACCUAAAUAUUCUAACUAGUCUUCAUUCAUAAUACAUUUUUUUCACAAACUUCAUGAAUCCAAGUUUUAAAGAACAACUUAUAAAUGUUCUUGUUUCUAAGGCAAACUUAUUGUUAAUCUGUUUCACUAUCACCAAGUUGUAUUUCAAAAACAAAAGCGGUUAAUUUUGGUUUUAUGAAGAUAUACAAAAAUCCUGUUAUAAGGCCAUAAAAGUGUUUGGGUCAGUGACCUGCAUAUUCAUUAAACCAUAUUCAUUGUUGACCAUUGUGUUACAAGAGGAUUACUGUAAGGGUUUACAGCUAAUUUCCUAAUACAUGUAGGACAAGACUUUGAUUAGCUUGCUUGCAUUGUUUGUAUAUUGUACAAUUGUUAUAAGGAUAAUGUCCAUUCAAAUUAAAAAUAUAUAUAUAAAUGAUAUAUACAGGAUUAAAUAUAUGCCUAUAUUUUGUUGGAAGAUGGCAAUGUUAAUUUCAAAGCUUGAAUUAUCAUUUAUACAAACAAAGCAAGCAAGCCUACCAAAGUUUUACUCUAUAAGCAUUAGGAAAUUAGCUGUAAAUGAUCAUUACAAAUUGUAUGUGUUAACAUGAUGAAUGUCAUGUGAUGUAAUGGUGAAUUAAAGAUUUGUAAAAUA